AUGAUAAUUUUGUUGGCUACCAAACUCCAGGGAGAUUUCGGUAGAGACAGCUAUCUUCGGCAUAUCCCAUACACUGAUGUCGUCUCUCUGUUUGACAGCAUCGACAGCUUCACUGAAGUUUUGCUUGGCACCGUCGACCCAACAAUUAGGAACCUGGAAGGGCGGAUAAUCACAAGAAGUUUACUUGACGAAGUACGACAAGCGCAGGCAAAGAAUGAGACUCAAUGGCCGCUGAACAGUGGAUACCUGGACUACGUGACAGACGACCGCGACCCGGACUACUGGCGCCCAUAUGUAGGGCAAUCCAGCAACACCGAACAGCGCAUUGCCCAGCAUGUCAGGGCGAUCAGGACCGGUGACACGGACACCCUUCAUUAUUUCGUCAUUCGAAGGGGAGGUGGGCACCGCACAGCGAACUUUGUUAGGCUAUGGACACUUGCCCUACCAGAAAACGUCGAUCCUGUCAUCAAUACCGCUCUCAACAACAUCUUGGAGAUGAUAAUGGCUCGGUCCUUCCAAUCACUUCCACCUGAAGAGUUAAAGAGGGUGUUUGGACGGCCAUGUGAUGGUUUCACUUACUCUUUCCAAGGCCUCAAUCUCAUCUCGCCUCUUCUCCAAGGACGCAGCCUAUCGCCAUGGGCCCGAUACCAAUCUUCUUUGCAGCUCCGACAGUCAACGGAUGAGGACAUCCGGGAAUGGCCUGAAGCCCGCAUGGAGCACAAGAACAAAGUCCAUAAUUUUCAGUUUCGAUCCUUCUCGGAGUUCACAAGGAGGGACUGCGAGACCGCGAUCCAGGAAGCCAUCGAUACCCACCCCCAUUUGCGGUUACGGCAAGAGUGCUUCCAACGCAAUGACCAAGAUAUUCCGGAACGUGGGAUGAUGGAAGCCAUGGAUUUCUCAUGGUUGCAAGCAGAUUUGGCUAAAACUCACUUUCCUGGUGACGAAACAAAGGAGAUAUCGCUUCCGAUCGGCAACCACCAUUCUCGCCUUGGUCUCAUUCUUAAUGAAAGUCUUUGGGGAUUUUCCAACGCCAAAAGCGGGUCAAUACCUUCUCACCUUGCGACAUGUGGGUUGACGUAUUCGAACUGUUUGGUAUGGACUGCCGGCUUCCGGCGUUUAGUAACCCUGCAAUUAGGGACUCAGAUCCGCACAGAGGCACCCUCAGGGAUCCAUAUCCUUCGCUGCUUGAAUCGUGAACUUGUUGCGAGAAGCCAUUUGCAGGUGAUUUUGGUGUGUGACGAACAGGCUGAAAGGAUUCUUUUUCAAGGGAACCCAUCGACGGAUGCUUUCAAGCUCUACCUUCGAGGUCGUGCCUUCAAAGCAUGGCUUGAAAUAAUGGAGGGUGGAAGACAAUGCAUUUAUCUUGCCUCCCCUGCCCCAUUGGUUGCUCUGUGGGGAAAUAGCUGGGCUCAGGCCGCAGCAUUGUCAGCGCUAUUGCAAUUUGCAAUCCUGAUUACGAACACUCGUGGGAUACGACCAAAUGUGUUCUGCUGUCAACUGGUGCUCCUCCAGGUCAUUCGCCAAUACGACUGGGAGCGCAACGGCCACCCAAAGAUGACCGCCGACAACUUAGACCCAAACAUAAGGUCCUGGCUUGAAGCAAAGGGUUUCAAAAAUCACGAAGACAUUGUGCGCCUAGAGUCCUCAGCAGAAUCGUUAACAGCGGCUCUGCUGAUGCUCACGCAGAUUCUCCCCAGGAGCAUACACGAGGGUACGGAAAAAAGAAGCAUGAUGCUCCCUUCGAUUAACAGAAGAAGAGGCAUUUUUGACAAGAACCAGUUGGGGAUAGUUCGAGAUCUCUGGACAGAAAUUUCAACUCGCAACAGCCCACCAGAUGACUCUUUUCAGGUGUACAACGAGAUGGACUUCAUGGACGACGAAAUGCUAGAAACCCAACAGGACCUGGAGCAGGAAAGUCUCCAGUGUGCGAUGAUCACUGAUGAUGAGAGGACCAACAACAACUUUCCUCAGAAUAGUCUUGCAUUGCACUCGAACUCGGAUGAGCCCUCAAUGCUUCGAAAGCGAAAGGGUAGUACUUUGAAGGUACAAAUGGCCUUGCUUCAGGGAACCGUUAAUGCCAAACUUGAAUUCCGAGGGAAGUGUGCGCCAUUAAAAUCAUUCUUUCGAACCUAUGCUGCCAGGUUGGAUUUAUACUUUCCGUACGAUGGAGAGCUCAGGGCCACAUUUCCUGACCCUAAUUCUCUUCGAAGAGUCCGAAUCAGGGCAGAAAUCAAGCCCCACGGUCAAAAGCACCCUCAACGAUGGGCUUCCCAUGCGACUAGCGAAGAUCCGGCAUCUAGGCUGGCGUUCCGAUUAACUGUCAUGGGUCCAGAAAAACAGGAAUUCGGCUUCUACGCCUCUGGUCGUGGAACAAAGCUCGUUAAGAAAGCAAACGGGUUCAUAGACUGGAUGUCUGGAGUCACAGAUGAGGAGAUAGCGACGAGGCCCCGCCGAUAUCUCAAUAUUCAGAUGAGCCACGAAAGAGUCCCCCAGGCCCUAAGACCAUUUGUUGGAGGUGCAUACACUGACGACAGUGGCAAGAUCAUAUCUGGAGAAGAUAAGAGUUAG